CCCCAGCGUUCCCUCCGUCAGCCAAGAACGAAUUCAACCAAAACAAGGCGUUCUAAAAAUGGGACGUCUAUUUUUAGAGAAUGGCAAACCGAAGACGCGUUUUCUUGAAAACUGCCCAGGUUGCUCGUGUAGAGACAACGUGGAGGUAAGAAAAACAUUUGUACAGCCGAGGAGAAAAACAAGGUCGUAGCGGAGGAAGUAGGCAAGAUGUGUGUUUUUGUCGGUUCGAUUGAGAACAAUUAAUUAGAAUAUUCAGAAUUGAUGCAAUUUAUAAGGCAGGCAGAAUUGUCUUGAGUGUGCUCUGGAGGAGGUCUUAUUAUCUGUGCUCAACAGUUUCUUUAAAAACCCAUCUUCAACUGGCGUUAUUUUCGCAGCCACAAAAACUUCUAAGCGGCAAUCGGACUGCUCUGCCCGGUUCUCCCAUAAUUCCUCGUUUACUCACGCUCAGUAAGCCCAAAUGCCCGCCGUCCGGUCAUCAACAAUGUCUAAUAUGUAUCACGUCCGCCCACACACCGCGCCGGCGAUUGGCCCUCUCUUUUUUGCCACCCACAACUGAUUCACCGAACAAAUCCAGAGAUUGCGUACUGCUCGUGCCCUGUCAUUUCCGUUGGCUGGUACUCGUCGUAUACACGUUAUUCACACAGAUUUUGUGUGCACAUACAAAUGCAUACACGCUAAUAAUGUACUAUAGACGAACGAUACGUGCAAUUCGGAUUGUUUUGUAUACGUGUAUGCACACAACGUACUGCAGUACAUAUUGUAUGCAUAUACAAAAUUCGUGCGUCUUGCUUCAAGUUCGAGUAACGGAGUCAGGCCCGACUUGCCAAAGGCCGAUGCAUUGUCGGCAUUGCUGGCUUUGUUUUCAGGUGAAAUCUGCGGUUAUCUUCGAACUUUUUGCCUUUUGAAGCAGGGCCUUCUAUCUCGGAUAUUUUUUCUACCUGACUAGGAAAACUCACAUGCAAAGAUGGUCAGCUACAACUUCAAGAGUAUCACUGUCGUGCCCAAUGCCAAUGACUUUGUCGACAUUGUCUUGACGCGCACGCAACGAAAAACACCCACUGUAGUGCACAAAGGAUACAAGAUCAGUAUCUUGCGCAAGUUUUACAUGAGAAAAGUGAAGUUUACGCAACAGACAAUCACCGACAAAUUCCAACUCUUCUUGACUGAAUUUCCAGUCCUGGACGAAAUCCACCCUUUUUACGCAGAUUUGAUGAAUGUGCUGUAUGACAAGGAUCACUACAAGCUCGCAUUGGGACAGAUUAAUGCUGCUCGUAGAUUGGUUGACAACAUUGCAUCUGACUACAUUCGUCUGCUCAAAUACGGUGACUCACUCUAUCGGUGCAAGCAAUUGAAACGGGCGGCCCUGGGGCGGAUGGUGAAGGUCAUUCGUCGAUUGGGUCCGAGUUUGAGCUAUUUGGAGCAAGUUCGCCAACAUCUGGCAAGGCUGCCUCAGAUUGACCCUACAACUCGAACGCUACUCGUAUGUGGCUACCCAAAUGUAGGCAAAUCGUCUUUCAUGAACAAGGUAACGCGCGCUAACGUAGACGUGCAGCCGUACGCUUUCACCACUAAGUCAUUGUUUGUGGGUCACAUGGACUACAAAUUUUUGAGGUGGCAAGUUAUUGAUACGCCGGGCAUCUUGGACCACCCUGUUGAGGACAGAAACGUGAUCGAAAUGCAGAGUAUCACAGCUUUGGCUCACUUGAUGUGCAGCGUUUUGUUUUUUAUUGACAUUUCGGAGACCUGCGGGUACUCGAUCGAGCAACAGAUCAAGUUAUUCGACUCGAUUUCUCCAUUGUUUGAGAAUAAACCGUUGGUGUUCGUGCUGAACAAGAUUGAUAUUCGACGCGUGGAGGAGUUGAAACCGGAGGAGACGAGCAUGAUUGAGAAUUUGAAAAAUCGGUUUUCUCAGUGCCAAGUGUUGCCUAUGUCGUCGGUGAGUGAGGAGGGCGUAUCAACGGUUAAGAAGAUAGCGUGUGAUAUGAUUCUUGAUGUGCGCGUGAACAUGAAGUUGAGGGGUGUCAAGCGAGAUGAGUUAUUGAAUCGAAUGCACGUGUCGAUACCGGUCCCUCGAGACGACAUUAGUCGCCUCCCCUACGUGCCUGAGUCGGUGAAGGAAGCGGCUGAGUCUCAGGAAAAAGAAGAGUACAAGAAGGUUUCUCGCAAAAAGUUGGCGGAAUAUGAGGAACAACAAAAACUGUAUCACAAUAUGGACCCUGACUAUCGCGGUGUCGAUUGGAAGCAAGAAUACACGCUAGAGGAUAACGAAUGGCGCUACGAUAAGAUUCCAGAGAUCAUGGAUGGUGAGAACAUUUCUGAUUGGGUGGACGCGGAUUUGGAGUCCAAAUGGGGCCGAUUAGAGCAAGAAGAAGCAGAAUUGCUCCAACAAAUUGCCAUCACACCGAAGCCCACUUUGAAGGAUCCAUUGACCAAUGAAGAAUUGUUCAAAUUGGCGAUCAUCCGAAAUAGGAAGGCCAAGUUGAUAAGAGAUGGUCGUAUGAAAAAGCUUAGAAAUCAUCGCCUUAUGCCUCUUCAACAUCGUGUGGGAACUGUUUCGAACUUUGAAGAGCAUUUGAAAGAUAUAGGUGUUGAUGCACACAAGGCGGUCGAAUACGUUCGAGGGCAUUUACGGCCCAGAUCUAAAUAUCGCAGUUCUAAGCGUGCUCUGUCUGAGGGCACGGCGUCAAUUGACCCUGAGAAAAAGACAAGCGCUGUUUCUCGUCGAGCGCUUCGUCAAAGUUUAAGUCGGCUUCCUAAGCCCGGAGUAUCUUCGACUUCAUUUGGUUCUAUCCAGAAGUAUAAUUUGGCUAAGAAGUUAGAGAAGAGGGCCAUGGCUGUGUUGUCGAGGCGCGGUGGGUCCGGUCCGGGCGAUCGUUCCAUCCCUCAGCUGAAGCCGAAGCACCUGUUUUCCGGCAAGCGUACGGUUGGCUCUACCGAUCGUCGAUAAUUUUUUUUGUUCCCUAAGCAAUCUCGCUCACAUCUGAGCGAUUUCACGUAGCUCUACUGCAAAAUACGGACACAACUGGCUGAAGGAGGAAAUGUUUAUUUUUCGAUCUAUUGAUACUUUUUCUUGAGUUUCUCCACUGUGUCGAUAUACUGUUGCUGCGCGGUUUCUUUCGCCAUGCCUAGGUGGAAAAAAAUAUCGAAAUGAGCUAUUGAUUGCUAUUGAUUUGGUUAUUAAAAAAAAAAGGAGCGAACCUUUCAAGUCAUUCCAUGAGUUCCACUUGGCGACGCUCGUCAAUUGAAUGCUCCAUGGCCUUUCCGUGUUGUUGUCGCCUUCGGUGGCUUGUUUAUAGAGUGCAUAUAUUUCCAGAA